AUGCAAGGUGAAAGGAUUGAGCUCGCCCAGAUCUUCUUGGUCGCUUGUCCGUCAUUCAUUCUCUUCGGCUACAAUCAAUCUGGAGUUGGGGGCUUGGUUGAUUUCCCCACUACCGGGGCUCAGAAAUCCCACAAUGCAACAGUGCAAGGAGCGGUUAUUGCCUCUUACACUAUCGAUGCCCUCUUCGGAUCCCUCAUUUGCACAUGGAUUGGUGAUAUUCUCGGUCGUCAUCGCACUAUCUUCACCGGAGCUCUCAUUGCAUUGAUCGGGCAGGCGUUAGAAUGUACGGCUUAUGCCUUGGCUCAAUUCACCGUCGGCAGAGUGAUUCUAGGAUUUGGUGUCGGGAUGUUAGCCGCCACGGUGCCAGUCUGGCAAUCCGAAUGCGCGUCACCAAACAAAAGAGGACGUAACGUUGUCCUAGCCGGCAUGUUCAUCGCCUUUGGAUUUUCCCUGACGCAAUGGGUGAAUUUCGGCUUCUUCCAAAUCCAGGAACAACCUACCUCUUGGCGAGGCUCCCUGACCAUCCCAACCUUAUUCUCCUUCAUCAUCAUGUCCAGCAUCUUCUUCCUCUCCGAAUCCCCUCGCUUACUAGUCCUCCGUAACCGCUCCGACUCAGCCCAACAAUCCCUAGCCAGCCUACGAGGCAAAUCCAUAACCUCCCCAGAAGUCCUCAACGAACUCCACUCAAUCGAAACCUCCCUCGAAGAAUCCUCCCACAGCACUAUCCGCCUCAGAGACGUCUUCAGCAAGAACGAAGAUAAACUUCUCUACCGCUUCCUCUGCAUAACCCUCCAGUUCUUCCAGCAGAUGAGCGGCGGCACCCUCAUUUCCAUUUACACACCUACAAUCUUCCAAGGCGACCUAGAUCUCAGCGCGAGAAUGGCCAAGAUCCUCGCUGCCUGCGCAUUGUCAUGGAAGUUUCUCUCGUGUUUCGUGGGUUUCUUCAUAAUUGACCGGGUUGGACGCCGUGCUGCAUUCAUGAUUAGUGGUGGGGGCAUGGGAUUAUGUAUGGUUGCGAUGGCAGUCUCGACGUCAUUCAUAGGGAAUCAUACGGCCUCGAUUAUUUCAGCACUGUUCGUUUUUAUAUAUAACUUCUUCUUGCCGUUGGGAUUUUUGGGCAUAAACUUCUUGUAUCCCGCGGAGAUUGCACCGGCUAGACUACGGGUUGCUGUGCAGUCGAUUUCGACAGCGAAUCAGUGGUUAUGGAUGUUCGUCGUCGCAAUGGUCACCCCUACCGCAAUCGCCCAGGUCGGAUACCAGUAUUACAUCGUUUACGCUGUUAUCUCGCUCAUAAUCCCGCCCUCUGUCUGUCUUUUCUACCCCGAGACCAAGAAUCGAUCUCUCGAAGAGGUUGAUCAGAUCUUCCGUGAGUCGACGUCCAUCAGUGAUGCUAUGAAGGCGUCGAGGAAGUUGCCGAUUCAGAAUGAUGUUUCAGGUGGGCUUGAGGGUAAGGCAGUUGUUUAG